UUUAUUUCUUUAAACAGCAAAAUGGUUAGUGGAAGUACUCUUCAUCGAGCCUCACAACAGGGAUGGACUCAACGUGCUUUAAAUUUAGCUUUUUGUGCUGGUGGUAUAAUUGUUUGUUAUGGGGCCUUUAGCUUUUUUCAAGAAAAAAUUACAAUAAAAACUUACGGAGAAAAGAACGAAAAAUUUAUUUAUAUGCAAGCACUAGUAUUUUUUCAAUGUAUUUGUAAUUUAUUAUUAGCUACAAUAGUGAAAAAUAAUGGAACAAAAACAGCAAUUAUUAGAGAUAAUGUGCCUUCUUUUAUGUAUUCAAUUUGCUCUAUUUCCUAUUUUUUGGCAAUGCUUUUUAGCAAUAUGGCUUUGGAAUGGGUUAAUUAUCCAACACAGAUUCUCGGAAAAUCUUGUAAACCAAUUCCAAUAAUGCUUUUUGGUGUUUUCUUUGCUCAUAAACGCUACCCUCUUCGAAAAUAUUUUUAUGUUUUAUUAAUAGUUAUUGGAAUGGCUAUAUUUUUGUAUAAACCUGGAAAACAAGUAAAACAUUUUGAAUUUGGAGCAGGAGAAUUACUUUUGUGUGCAUCUUUGGCUAUGGAUGGAGUUACUGGGGCUGUGCAAGAUCGAAUUCGUCAUUACUACACAACCGAUAAAUGGGCAAUGAUGUUCUCGAUGAAUGCCUUUUCUUCAGCAUUUCUUUCUUUAAUGUUGGUAGUCUCUGGAGAAUUAAUUGCUUUUUUCAAUUUUCUUGUUGCCUAUCCUGGAGCUUUAAGGGAAAUUUUAUUGUUUUCUGUGUCGGGGGCUGUUGGACAGUGUUUCAUCUUCAAAACAGUCACGGAUUUUGGCCCUCUUACUUGUUCUAUUGUUACAACAUUACGAAAAUUAUUCAGUCUAGUCUUCUCAAUUCUUCUUUUCUCCCAUCCAUACACAAACAGACACAUUUUAGGAACAAUUUUAGUGUUCGCAGCCCUUUUGCUAGACGCUCUCGAUAGUCGAAAAAAUCAUCAAAAAGAAAAAGAGAAAAAUGGCGGAAUUGGUUACAAGCCUAUUCCUGUGGAAGAAAAAAGAACUUGA